AUGGAAAACUACAAUUAUGAAUUCGAGGCUGAGAUCCCAGAGGAGGAUCCCCUCGUCGGUGGACGUGGACGCGGACGUGGUCGUGGUCGUGGUCGUAGACGGGGAUGUGGGCGCGGCAGAGGAUGCGGAGGCCAAGAAGGAGGAUAUGACUAUGAAAACCCUGUACCUCCAGUAAUUCCUGAUCGCACUGCCGCCGAAAAAUUUAGGAAGGAGAAACCCCCGACUUUCGACGGAAUGGGUGGACCCGAAGACGCUGAGAGAUGGAUAAGGGCGGUGGAACGAAUCUUCCACUACAUAAACUGUGAGGACAAUGAAAAGGUUAAGUGCGCCACGUACCAACUCGUGGACGAGGCAGAUUUCUGGUGGGAGUCGGUGAAGAACACCAUGACUGAGGAACAGCUUGGGGAGCUAACAUGGGCAGAAUUUAAGACCAAGUUAUUUGAGAAAUAUGUACCAGAGUGCUACCGUCAAAGAAAGCAAAACGAAUUUUGGAAUCUGAAGCAGAGAAACAUGACGGUGUCUGAGUAUGACCGGACUUUCAACCAAUUAUCCCGUUAUGCUCCACACCUGGUGGACACAGAUGAAAAGCGGACAGAAAAAUUCCGAAAUGGUCUGCGCCAUGAAAUUUCAAUCGUCCUUGCAAGCCAAGGAGGCCUCACCUAUGGCCAAACCUUGAACAGGGCACUCACCAUCGAGUCACUAUUGCCUAAGGAGAAGGCAAAGGCCCCUGCCCAAGCUGCUCACCCACCACAGCCUGGCCAAGCAUCACACUCGGAUGUGGGAAAAGGGAAGAGAAAAUGGGAAGAAGGAGAAAAUUUUGAACACGGGAGGAGGCCGUGGGCAGGCAACCAGGGACGAAACUACAAUCAACAGCAGCAAGCCCCACAAAGGCGACCAUGCCCGAGGUGCAACAAGGUUCACCAAGGAGAGUGCCUAAGGAUAGCGAUCAGGAACUUUGGGAAUCCCCCAAGAAACCCGGGGAAUCAGCAACGGAACCCGGCCAACCAACCAAGACAAAAUCAGGGUCCGGGUGGAAACCAGAGGCCGCCACAGAAUGCUAGGGCCUAUGCCCUUAAUCAGCAGCAGGCAGCACAAGGCCAGAGAAACCUAGCAGGUAUGAUAAAUGUACUCGCAACACCUGUUAUAGCCUUGUUCGACACAGGGGCAUCCCAUUCUUUUAUUUCACAUGCUACCUGCAAAAUGCUGAACCUGACCCCGGAACUAACCCAAGAGUCAUUGGAUAUUAGCACCCCGGGAGGCGGAAAAAUGACAACUAAGCAUGUCCUUCUGAACUUAGAACUGAACAUAGGUGCUGACACGCUUAGGGCUGACCUAUAUGUUAUCUCCAUGAUAGAAUUUGACAUAAUCUUAGGAAUGGGCUGGCUCACCAAAACAAGUGCCACAAUCCGUUGCGACGAAAGAAAAAUCUCAUUCCAUAUACCAGGAGGUGGUGAAGCUAACUUUCAUGGGAUCCGGAUGGGAGCCAAGGUUCCAAUAGUCUCCGCCAUGAAAGCCACCAGAAUGCUGAGAAAGGGGAACUGCCAGGCAUACCUAGUUCACCUAACAAUGCAGCUCGAAAAAGAAAAGACGAUCGAUGAAGUUCCAAUUGUUAAAGAUUUCCCAGAUGUCUUUCCUAAGGAGUUACCUGGCCUACCACCAGAUCGGCAACUGGAAUUUACAAUUGACUUGGAGCCUGGAGCUGCACCGGUGUCGAAAGCGCCAUACAGAAUGGCCCCACCAGAGCUACAAGAAUUAAAAAUGCAACUGCAGGAGUUGUUAGACCUGGGUUUUAUACGGCCUAGUGUGUCACCUUGGGGAGCACCAGUCUUGUUCGUCAAAAAGAAGGAUGGCUCGUUGAGGAUGUGUAUUGACUACCGAGAACUCAACAAGCUCACGAUAAAGAAUAAGUACCCCCCUUCCCAGGAUUGA